ACAGAGGAGCGAGUUGCCCUUCCUUUUAAAUAGCGUGUAUUGUUUUUCCUGUGCGAGAUAUCCCAAGUCAAACAUGUUUGGGCAAAAACAGGCAGUUCUUUUUUAACAAACUUCUUCAAAACGAAGGGCAACUCGCUUCUUUCCUGUUUCAACAUCGGUCGGCGCCUGGAACUCGAGUCCUCAAAAUAAUAUCCAAUGUGUAAACCGGUAUGCAUGUCUCUUAAUGUAUAAAUAAGGACUGAGAAUUUAAAAUAAACAAUCCGGCAUUCACGAGGACAGCUACGUGUUCUCUUCCUAUUUCCAACAGCUGUCGCGGUUUAACCGGGUCGCCCGUUGAACCGUAACACCGAUGGCGAGCGGACAGCUGUCGAGGGCCGAGGCGUUGGCGUGCUCAGGCUGCAGGCACGCGUGCCACGUGAUGCUCUACUGUGACACAAAUACUCUGCUGUUUGGGAGCAUCCCCAUCCGACAUAUCGUACUGAUGCAGAUGCGCUUUGACGGUCUUCUUGGUUUUCCUGGAGGAUUCGUCAACCUGUCGGAGGAGUCCCUGGAGGCGGGGCUCGGUAGGGAGUUGUUGGAGGAGCUGGGCGUGGCCUUUCAGAUACUCGAGGAGGAUCACGUGGACUCCUGCUUUGCCCCUGCUUCCUCCCCGGCCUCCUCCACCUCCCCCCGACUCAUCACUCACUUCUACACAAAGAAGAUGGAGGAGGGACAGAUUAGGGCGGUGGAGACGGCCGCCGUGACCACGGCAACGGAUCAUGGUCAGGAGGUCCUUGGGAUGGUCAGAGUGCCUCUCCACUCCACCAAAGGCGGAGGAGGACUUGCAUCUUUCCUCUCGCACUCGUUCGUCGGCAACGCCCGCUUCCAGCUGCUCCACACCCUGCUGCGCCUCCACCUGGUCGCCCCGGAGGAGCUGCGGGAGGCCCUCGCUCGCUCGCUAAAGAUACAGGCGCGCGCCUCAGAAGAGCUGCGGGCCGCCCUCGCGCGAGUGGAGGGAAAGACGAAUUUGCCCCAUCACAGUCCUGCACACACUGGGUGACUAAUAAUCGCCUCGUCCAUCAAACUGUUCGAAUGCUUCACAUGAAUGCAAAUAAAAUCUUUUUCGCUA